AUGCACUUCCCCAUUCUCUUCCUCCUUCUUCUACCUUCACUCUUCAGGCUUUCACAUUCAGCCACAAUUCUAGUAGACGGAUCUUCAGAGUGGAAGAACCCCACAGUUUCCAUCGGUGACUCCAUCAUUUUCAAGCACAAACAACACUUCGACCUCUACAUUUUCAAGAACGAGAAAGCCUUCAACCUCUGCAAUAUCACUCAAGCCACUCUUCUCACCAACCCCUACACGUGGCAUCCAUCUCGGCCCGGUUUCUUUUACUUUAGCUUUCACAAUGGGUCACUCAAGACAUGCAAAGACUCUGAAAAGCUAGCCAUAGAGGUUACUUCUUCAGCAAUGGUUCCAGAACCUUCUCCCGUGGCAACACCAGCUCCUUCCUCGGGUGGAGAGGUACCAUCUUCACCUUCAUUUCCAUGGCCUUUUCGCCCACACCAAACAGCUUCUUCACCUGGUCCAGCACCACAAGCACAAGUAGGUUCACCAGUGACAGUUCCAUUAGUGCCAGAUAAAGGUGGUGGCAUGCCCUUUAUUAACAGCAACCCUGCAGUUCCUCUGCCUACCGGUGAAGUUGACUCUGCUACCAUACGCCCCUUACCCACCUCUGGCCAUCAAGGACAGGUGAUGAUUGGGUCAUUUGGAUUACACAUUGCAGUGCACACCUUGGCUUUGCUAAUGCUGUGA